AUGAUAUCACCCACGACCUCCAACUCGGAGGUCAGGAUCUGCAGUCCAGCAUACACCGUGCAAAUGGUCCUUGCAUCGAACAAGGAAGCACCCACACUCUCUGAGCAUUUCGUCGACACUGCUGUCGCGGGUUCAGUUGUGGUCAUCGACGCACCUCCCGAGGCAAAAAGUGCAGUGUGGGGAGGACUUAUGACUGCUGGCGCCCAGGUGCGAGGAGCGACUGGUGUUAUAAUUUCUGGUCGCUGCAGGGAUGUCGGAGAGCAUCGAGCUCUUGGGUUUCCCGUUUUCUCGCGGGGGCACUCCACUCUUGGACAAUCCCCCUUCACGCGUCCUUCAGCGAUCAAUGUACCUUUGACAAUCCGACCACAAGGUCCUGAGGUGGAUACCUUUCCUCCCGUCACCGUCCAGCCAGGUGACUGGGUGGUAGCAGAUGAAGACGGUGUCGUGUGCGUGCCCCGCGAUCUGGAGUCCAAGGUCAUCGACCUCGCCACGAAGGGCAGAGAAAUAGACGCCCGCUGCAUGGAAGAUAUUAAGGCAGGGAAAGGUGUAAAGAAUUCUUUCAAGCUGCAUAGAGGGAAGUAG